GUCGUGCGGUCCGUUAGCGGACGUUGGCUCAGAUUUUCCUGCUCCGCUUCACUUCACUCUCUCUCAUCACCAUUCACAGGACACCGUCCCAGCCUACCAGCGGUAUAACGGGUACGAGUUGGCCAAACACUUGUAAACUCCUCUGAUAACUCGUUUUAGACGCACACCAUGGCAGAGCAGGAACCUACACCAGAGCAGCUGGCGGCGAUUGCAGCAGCCAACGAAGAGAAUGAAGGCCAAGUCAACUACAAACCUCCUGCCCAGAAGAGCUUACAGGAGAUCCAGGAGCUGGACAAAGACGACGAGAGUCUGCGCAAGUACAAGGAAGCACUGCUGGGCGGCGCUGCUGCUGCUGUGGUUGCUGAUCCCACCGCCCCAAACGUCGAGGUGACGCGAAUGACCCUGUUGUGUGAGACGGCCCCGAUCCCCUUGGUCCUUGACCUGACGGGAGACUUGGAGAACUUCAAGAAGAACCCCUUUGUGCUGAAGGAAGGAGUCGAAUACAGAAUAAAGAUCAACUUCAAGGUCAACAAGGACAUUGUGUCAGGCCUGAAGUACACUCAGCAGACAUUCAGGAAAGGAGUAAAGGUCGACAAGUCAGACUACAUGGUGGGCAGCUACGGGCCAAGACCGAAGGAGGAAUACGAGUUCCUGACCACCCUGGAGGAGGCACCCAAAGGGAUGCUGGCUCGCGGCACCUACAACAUCAAGUCCAAGUUCACCGAUGACGACAAACACGACCAUCUCUCCUGGGAGUGGAGCCUCACUAUCAAGAAAGACUGGAAAGAUUGAUUCCUCCUCGCCAUCAACGUCUUCCUCUGCUUUGUCCCUCUUCCCUUUUUCUUGCUUUCAUUCCAUUAUUUCUGUCCUGAUCCAUCUCUGGAUUAUGUGUUGAUUUAAGCUUCUGCUCUCUCCGUCCAUUGACACUCGCUCUUACAGUUCCCCUUUCUCGUUCUAAAUUCUUAAAUCUAAAUCACUUCAUCAUUCCUCCCAUUGACCCUUCAUUUGUUUGCACCCACCCUUCUGUCAAGUAUUAAAUCUUUGAAAUGGAGAAAGCAAACAUUGUGCACGAUCCAGAUUUUGCGAUUAUGGUUUGUUUAUAAAAGAAAAAUAAGUAAAAAAAAUAAAUCAAUGUUGUCUGUCAACUGCUCUUAGAAAAGUGAUGAACUGUAUGAUUCCCUCUGCUCCUUUUCCACUUUCUCCCCCCUUUUUCACUCUUCUUUUCAGAUUCUUUUGUACGAUUACCAUGAUCUGCCUUUGAAAGCAUUGUACAGGAAGCAGUAGUGCUGUAUGUACGUGGCCACUCCGCGGUCAUUGAGCAAUCAUUGCUGGACACAACUCUUGGACGCAGCCCUCCUUAAGCCUUUGUGCAGAUUAUUUGUACCAGGGUCUCUGUAAAUUAUUUGGAAUUCAGGCCACCUCCUUUUCAAAUGGUUUAGCGCCCUACAAAGUCUGCUGAGAGAAUGAGGGGGGGGAGAAUUACCUCUAAACCCGUAUGACCCCCCCCCCACUUUAGGUGUGGCUGUUCCUCUCCUAAUCAGGGUAUUUUGGCAGUGUAUUUAGCAGCCAUGUGGCCUUAACAAGAACCCUUAGGAAGAAAUAGACAACCCAGUUGAGCCAUUUGCCUUCACAUUAUAUUUGCCAGACCAUCAUGUGAGCCUGUUUUAAUAAUACUUGUAAUAGAAGGAUAGGGCAUCAGGACUACGGACUUUUAACAACUUUAUUUCAGGUUUGAUGAUUUGUAAAAAAAAAUAAUUAAAAAAAACCAUUACAUGUUGUUGGAUCAUACCUCUAUUUCACUGCAGUACUUGUAGUUUUCUAAAUAUCAUUAAAAUUAGGUUAUUUUAGAUCAUUUACAAGUGUGAAUAUGAGUCUCAACGGCUUUUUGUCACCCAGCGUCCUCUAGUCCCUGAGGCCAUAUUCCUUCAUGAAUCGAAACACGCUCACCUCAUUAUCACGUUAAGUUUAAAAAUUACCAAUGCUGACUGUGCCUCCAGUCUCUUACAACCACAUGCUGCUCCUGCUGACUUGGCGGCACUUUGUGCGCAACAUCAGUGAGGUGAAACGUUGUCUGUAAUUGACUUUAAACCAGUACAGAGACAUCAGUCCCCAACCAGACAUCGAUGGGUAACACAUCCUGCCAUUGAAAAGUGUUUUCCUUUUUUUUUAAUACACUCCAUAAGUAUGUGGAUGAAGUCUGUUCUCCACAGCUUCAUUCAGCUGUCAUGUAUCAUGGACUGAUGUUUCUCUCUGUGGGUUGGGUUUGACUCAAUGUGUGCUACUUGUAUUACCUACAGUUUACUGAUCUCCUGUGUUCACAUUAAAGUGUUCAGACUGGG